UUAAGGGUCAUAAUUCAGUAUUAGCUAACUUCCCUACACUGAUCAGUGUCAAGUCCCACCGGGUCGUGGUUCACCACACUCAUCUCAGUGCUCGUCUCAGUAUGCAAGUCUGACAUUUUGCUCACUGCUCCAACUGCUCAUAAGCUCCAAGCAGGGAAGCCUUAUCUAGUCGGGCUCCGCCUGACUUUUUGGCAAGCUUUUGCGGCUUCAUAGUAGAAUUUAGGGCGUUAUACCUUCCAAACAAAUGGCAUUCGAAGCACCAGGCUAUCAACCAGUGAAGAGGAAUGGACACUCCACUGUACGGGUAGGAGACUACCUGUACAUGUGGGGUGGGUCCCAGCCUGGUCUCCCUGAAGUACAUAAUAAUGAAAUGAAGAAAUCAAUGUGUUCUGUGAUGGAGGUGUGUGACCUAAGAACUGGUAGGUGGGAGCAGAAACCCACCACUGGUAACCCUCCGCUGGGUGUGAAGGGCUAUGCAGCUGCUGCCAUUGGAAGGGAAAUAUUUUAUUUCGGAGGAUGGUGUAAUCACGGUAACUGUCGUCAUAAUAGUUUAUAUAGUUUUAAUGUUGAUACCUUCCACUGGAAGGAACUCUCUCCUACUACAUCUCGUCGUGGUCCUAUGAUGAAGGCCAACUGUGACAUGAUAGCAAUAAAAGUGAACGGUAAGGACUAUCUUGUAGUAACUGGAGGAUAUGGAUCAUCUAAUAAUACACCCAAACAACCUGGUGCCCAGUACAGUGGUGAAGGUUUACUUUCUAGCAAUCAAAGAUGCAAUGAGAUCCAUUUUUAUAAACUCUCAACAGGAUCAGUACAAUGGCCUAAGGGAAGACCUGCUCAUUCCAGUGUACUGAUUACCACUAGUUCAGGACCACACUUACUAGUGGUGGGUGGAGAUAGUACUUAUGAUAUUUGGAUAUUUGAUAUUAACAAUAAAUCAUGGAAGGAACUGGUUAAUAUACCAGACAUUGUCACUAAGAGAUGGAAUCAUUCUCUCUCAGUUUGGAGUGUGACACCAAUCACUAACUGGAUAAUUGUGUUUGGAGGGUACACGCCAUACAAUAAUACAGCAGUUAUUGAACUCAGAUAUACUAGUAAUAAUGAUUGGUCUACUAGUAUAAUACCUCUAAGCCACUAUCAAGAGAAACUACAAGAAAGGAGAAGAGAAUGGGAAGCAUGUCAACCUAUUCAACCUGAGAAUAGAAGAGAAAUAGACCGUCUGAGACGUGUACUACAAGAAAGGGAAAGGGAGCUAGAGGAGGAGAGAAGAGAAAAGGAACAAGUUAGAAACAGACUACAGCAACAACUUCAAGGAAGAGAACGACAGCUUCAACAAGCACAGCAACAAGGACAAGAUGGAGAGAGGCAGGCCAGAGAACAAAUCCUGGACCUUCGACAACAGCUUCAAGAAAAGGAGAGACAAGUACGUCAAGCACAGCAAGAAGGGCAAGAAAUAGAGAGGCAGGCCAGAGAACAAGAGCAGGAUCUUCAACGACAGCUUCAAGAAAAAGGUAGACAACUUCAACAGGCACAGCAAGAAGGGCAAGAAAUAGAGAGGCAGGCCAGAGAACAAGAGCAGGAUCUUCGACGACAACUUCAAGAAAAAGAUAGACAAGUUCAACAAGCACAGCAAGAAGGGCAAGAAAUAGAGAGGCAGGCCAGAGAACGAGAGCAGGAUCUUCAACGACAGCUUCAAGAAAAGGAUAGACAAGUUCAACAAGCACAGCAAAAAGGACAAGAAAGAGAGAUGCAAAUUCAAGAGGGUAGGGAACGAGAACAGGAUCUUCAACAAGCAGAACAACUUCAAUCAAGAGAGGAAGAAUCUCAAGAAAGAGAGCAACAGCUUCAAAGGCAAGCAGAAGGUGACCAGCAAAAAGAACAGGAUCUUCAACGACAACUUCAAGAAAAAAAGCGACAGCUUGAAGAAAGAGAAAGAGAAUUCCAAGAAAGAGAGAGACAACUUGAAGAGCAGAUACAAGUGGCAGAGUCUUCCUGGGUGGUGAAUAGAAGAGAGAUUACAAUGACAGAAGUAGUCCUUGGUAAAGGAGGAUGGGGAGAGGUCAAAGUGGCUGGUUUUCGUAGUGUCAAGGUUGCUGCUAAGUGUCUCUAUGAUGUUAUCAUUUCUCCUUAUAACAUUGGGAUAUUCUCUCGUGAAAUGAAUAUUGCUUCUAAAAUCCGUCAUCCUAACCUCCUCCAGUUCAUAGGAGCCACUACAGAGGGUAACCCAAUCAUCCUGACAGAGCUAAUGCCUACCAGCCUAAGAAAGGAAUUAGAGACUGGAGGAGUGGCCUAUCCUGCCAUACUGAGCAUCAGUUUAGAUGUAGGCUGUGCUCUCAAUUACCUUCACCUCUUCAAGCCUCAUCCUAUACUACAUAGAGAUGUCAGCAGUGCUAAUGUACUCCUUCAACUAAUGGGAGGUGGAGGGUAUGGUUAUGGUUGGAGGGCUAAAGUAUCUGAUCAUGGAACAGUUUGUCUCCAGUCACUUACCAGCACACGCAACCCUGGCAAUCUUGUCUAUUCAGCUCCAGAAUCGUUCAAUCCAAGGGAACAUUCUCCUGCAAUGGAUGUCUUCAGUUAUGGUGUCCUCCUUCUAGAGAUGGUCGUAUGUCAGUUUCAAGACGUAGAAAAGAGAGUGGCUCAGAUUAAAGCUAUCAAGAGGCCGACAUUGAAGAAUCUCAUUGAACGUUGUCUGAUAGAGAACUACAAAGAUCGUCCAACAAUGUCUGACAUUAUAAUGACCAUGAUAGCAUUCAGAGGUUUAUCACUCGAUAAAGUUCAACUAUCAUGA